UUUGAUCGCGAACAGAGGCGGAAGUGAAGUUAGUUUUAGUGGAUGUGAUAUUUCCGCUUCCAGAGCCGCCGGAAUGACCGAAGCAUCUGCAGGAGAGCAGCGGCCGCCGGGCUUUCUGGAGCGGCUGCGCGCGAGCACUGGAGGCGUGAUUGCGGGCGCGUGCCUGUUCGCGCUCUCGCUGUAUGUGCUGUUCACCAACGAGGGGCGUGCUCUGCGCACCGCUGCGGCUCUGGAUGAGGGUCUCUCUCAGCUGGUGUGUGUGCAGUCGGAUGUGCAGCCGGAGUUCAGGAAUGACGGACGGCUGGUUCACCUGACUGGAGAUCUGCGCACCGCACAGCCGCUGUAUGACCCCAACUACAGUGUGUCUGUGCAUGCAGUGAAGCUGCAGCGGCAGGUGGAGAUGUACCAGUGGGUGGAGUACAGCGACAGCAGGGACGUUGAGGAGAACGGAGAGAAGAAAACUGAAACCACAUACUCAUACAACACUGAGUGGAGGUCAGAGGUCAUCAGCAGCAGGCACUUUGACCAGGAGGUCGGACACAUGAACCCCAGUGAGAUGGCGGUGGAGAGUGUGACGGUCGUGGCUCCAGAAGUGUGGGUCGGGAAGUUCCUCCUGUCCACAGGGCUGGUGGAGCAGAUCAGUGAGUUCCACACACUCAGCCUCUCUGCACUUCCUGUUCCUGUCGCCGGCUUCCUGACCGUGCAGGACGACUACUACUAUCACACACCUAACCCCAGACGCCCAGAGGUCGGUGAUGUUCGUGUUCGUUUCGCAUACGCUGGUCUGAGUGGAGAAGGGCUGUACCCGGGCUCCGCCCACAAGGUGAGCGUGGUGGCUCAGCAGCAGCAUCAGCAGCAGCUCCGCCCCUUCAGCAGCCGCUCUGGACACACACUGGAGCUGCUCUACAUGGGCCAGCUGACGGCGGAGGAGGUGUUUGCUAAAGAACAUCAGCUGAACUCCAUGAAGACCUGGGCACUGCGGCUCGCCGGCUGUACACUCAUGUUCCUGUCCAUCAGCCUGAGCACACGCGUCAUACACACACUGGUGGAGCGUGUGCCUCUGCUGGGUGGUCUUCUGGCAGUGGGUCUGCAGCUCUUCUGUCUCUCCUCCUCCGUCUCUCUGUCUCUGCUCACCAUCGCCGCCGGCUGGAUCUACUAUCGCCCCCUGCUGGCCCUCUGUGUAGCGGCUGCUGCGCUAGUGCUGCCGCUAGCCCUCGCACACGCUAGAGCGCCCGCCAAGAAGAGGCAGUGACUCGACACACACACUCCAGCAGCACGCAUGUACGUGUGUGUGUGAACUACUGCAGAAACACAGGAUUGACCUCAUGGAUGGCAGCAACACACACACACACACACACACACACACCACUGUUACAGCACACACAGACGUCUGCUGAGCGAGGCUCCUGAUUGGCUGCAGCACACGACUCUGUCUUGAUCAGAUCUGAUGUGAAAAGAGAAUCUUCAAUAAAUGUUGAGUCUCCUGGA